AAGAUUUCUUGUGCAACAGGCAACAAGGGUCUAUGUGGAAGUCCUCUAAACCGCACCUGCAGCAAAAGCACUGUAAGUGUUCCACAAGAAGAAGAGAAAGGAGAAAAUAAACACCACCAUGUCCUUAUUAGUGUUAUUGUAUUUGUGGCAGUGCUUGUAUUGGUUUCAAUACUAGCACUAUUAUUCAUCCGUUACCGCAGAAAGAAAACUGCAGCGAAAUCCAAUUGGAAUAUGGAGAGUGGACAGUCACAGUCCCAGAACACCAAAGCUAGUACAGUUUCCACUAGUGAGGACAAAUCCAUUGCAGCUGAAUCCAAGAAAAGCAAAGAUGAAGACUUGAUAUUCGUUACGAACGAAAGGGUUGAGUUUGAUUUGCAGGAUUUGUUAAGGGCUUCAGCUGAGGUUUUGGGAAGUGGAAGCUUUGGUUCCACAUACAAGGCCAUGGUAUUGACUGGACCAGUUGUGGUUGUGAAGAGAUUUAAGCACAUGAACAAAGUUGGUAAAAAAGAGUUUGUUGAUCAUAUGAAAAGGCUUGGAGGGUUGUCACAUCCUAAUCUACUUCCUCUUGUUGCUUUCUACUAUGGAAAAGAUGAGAAGCUUUUGAUGCAUGAUUUUGCAGAAAAUGGUAGCUUGGCUAGUCAUCUUCACGGUAAACAUGGGUGUGAUUUGGAUUGGCCAACACGUUUGAAGAUAAUAAAAGGAGUAGCUAGAGGUUUAGCAUAUCUUUACAGAGAGUUUCCGGACGAAAAGUUACCACAUGGACAUCUAAAAUCCUCAAAUGUUGUGUUAGACCAUUCAUUCGAGCCUCGUUUAACCGAGUAUGGACUAGUAGCAGUAACCGAUUCAAAACAUGCUCAACAAUUCAUGGUAGGUUUCAAGUCCCCGGAGGCGAGUCAAAACGAAGGGCCGGGCGAGAAGAGUGAUGUAUGGUGUUUAGGGAUACUGAUACUAGAGCUUUUGACAGGGAAGUUUCCUGCAAAUUAUUUGAGGCAUGGGAAGGGAGCAACUGAGGAUUUAGCAAUGUGGGUGGAAGCUAUAGUGAGGGAAGGAUGGAGUGGAGAAGUGUUGGAUAAAAGCAUUGGUGGGAGUAGGGAUAAGGAAGGUGAGAUGAUGAAGUUGAUGAGGAUUGGGAUGAGUUGUUGUGAAUGGAGUUUGGAGAAUAGGUUUGGUUGGAGAGAGGCAGUGGCAAAGAUUGAGGAGUUGAAGGAAAUGGAUAGUGUUGUUGAGGUUGGAGUUGAGAGUCUGAAUUCUGAUUUGUCUAUGUGAUUGUGAUUUGUUUUGUUUCUAUUUUGUGUAUAUCAUUAUAUGUAUGUGGUGCUCAAGAAAAAGAAUUGUUUCAUUUCACAUU